CCUGUUCCCCUGGCUGCAUGCAGGCAUUUCCCUGUUCUGUGCUGGUGCUCAUCUCUCCAGCAUGACACAACUUCUCCUCUCUGGAGAGAAGGUCUGCAGGCUCUCUGUGAAGGCAGCUGGGGUUGUAGAGCUGGAUUUCCCAAGCUGGAUUGUGUGGUCGUGCUGUGCUCGGGAUGCUGGGUUUCUGCACAAACGCUUUUCCACUUCUCUGGCUUAAACUCCGGGGGAGCAGUCCAAAGGCAGAUCUUUCUUUCUUAUUUUUUUUAUUUUGCUGACAAAGAGUUGCCAUUAGACCACGGGCUGGAGAAGAAAGGAGGAGCAGUGAGAUCAUGGCUCAGCUCUCUGCUCUGCUGGAAGCUGAGUGGGGCUCGAGCAGUGCUCCAGAGGUGGGGUUUGCCUUUCUCUUCCACCCUUCCGAAGCUGAACCUGGAGGAGCCGUGUCCUCAGAGCACACCACGGUGUUCUCCUCAUUCCUUAAGGCGCUGCUCAGUGGGACCCCAACCUGGGACUUAAUGUGCAAUAGCAAAAACCCAUUUCUCUUCUGGCCGUUUGGGAGGAUGUGAUGAGAACAGCUCUUUGCCAACAUAGCACUGUAAGGCACAAAAUUUAUUGCAGAAAGGAUGGGGGGGAGACAGCAGCUCGAAAUGUUGUGUCUGAUUUCAAAAUCAUGACUGUGCCAGCUGUUAAACAGUGGCCUGAGAACAAAGUGGGUGGUUCCAGCCCAAGGUCAGCACUAAGAUAUGGAGAAGUUUCUUUUUCCUUCUGGCUGCUGGAAAAAAUGGUGCUGGAAACACAUGGCUACUGGUGUUGUAACCCUUUUGCUGCUGGUCCCUUUGGGUUCCUUUGUUAAUUAAGCUGAGGUCCAUCCUGUUAGGUGCGAAAGGACUGAGGGAUGUAGGAAAGCAUCCAUCCAGAGAUGGCAUCUGUGAAAUGUGGAAAGCUGCCUCUUGCCCCCUGUAGAGACACCAAAUAUAUGCAUUAUAUUCCAUCUAUUCCGUGGGCAGGAUGAGCGCGCUCUACUUACAGUGCUAUGGGAUGCAUUAGAAAGAACCAUCCAGCUCUGUUGCUGUGCUUUGCUCUCAUCUGCAAUACCUGGUGUUGGCUGUUCAUAGGAAUAGGUUAGCAGGUAGGAUGGACCAAGGACCUCCAAAUUCCUCUGUUUUCCUAGGAGAGCUCACUGAAUGUGUUCACUGCUCCCCACUGGGACAGAUGCUGCCAGUGCCUGCUGUUACAUAGCUGGGGUCUAACUAACUCUUACUGGGAGGGAUGGAGCAAUGUGGGGGGAGAGCAAACGCGCUGCAGUGUGAUGAGGUGGCUGAGAAUACUCCUUUGGUGGAGCCGAUGGCUGCGUGCAGGGAAGUGGCUGUGCUGCAUGCGGUGGCUGCAGGAGGAGCUCUGCCCUUUGCUCCUGCACAGCCCCAGGCGUGCUGCUGCCGGGGCGGGAUCUGGCUUCAGAAGUGGCUUCUGAGAGUGGGCUGUCUUUGGGCAGCCAUCACGUGGCAGUGCCAAGCGUGAGGAUGCAGAACAAGAGGAUGCUCCGAGCAUUCGGGGUGCAGAGCUGGAAAACUCAGCGUUAGGGUGGAUCGCCAACGUGCCUUCUGGCAGGAGAGGGGUUAAACCAUAAUCCCCUCUUAGCCAGAGUAACUCAGCAGGCUGGCCCCCCAGCGUGGCUGCAAUAACACACGCUCUGCAGAGCUGCGCUGUACAAGCAAAACAACUUUCUGGCCAGCUCUAGCAGUUCCCCGGGGCUCUGCAGGCAGGGCCACGACCACAGCAGAGGCUGCUGGCAAUGGGGAGGGGGAUGUGGGGCUGAGGGUGCCCUGUGCCCCAGCAGCAGCUCCCCUAUGCCUGUGCCCCCCACCCUGCGCAGACAAAACCAGAUCCCGCAGCAGCGCCGAUGUCCCUGGGGGAGAGAAGUUUGGCAGGAACGCUGAAUGGGUUGGGGGUUGAGGAAAGCACUGAAAUAAUUUAUUUCCCUGAGAACUGGUUUGCUCCACUCCACGUGAAGCCGAGACGCCGGGCUCUGAUCUGGACCACACAGGCUCGUACGUCUCUGCAGGAUCCAGCUUGGAAAUGGAGGUGGAAUUGUUCCCACACCCCAUAUGGCAGCCCCUGGAGGAGCUGGUGGGGGUCAGCGCUGGGAGGGAGGAAGCUUUGUGAUUUCUCUGCACUUCCAUGCAGUCUAACUCUUUGCUGGAAGUUGCUUCCAUGUGUGCAGGGAACUGGCUGUGCAGCUUUUCGGUCUCCUUUGGGGAUGAGGAGCUGCUCUCCCCAUGCCCUGCAAGGCUGCGGUUCCCCCAAUGCUGCAGCUGCAGAACUGGUUGUUCCUUGCUGCACCACCGUCCUGUCCAAAGCCAAACAAUAGCUGUAACUGUACCCGGGUCAGGGCCAACCAUUCUCAACGCCCCCGUGAUGAGUUCAUCCGGAGAGUCCCUGCGUUGCAGAGGCAGCGCUCUGUUGAGGCUUGUUCCCUGCUGGGAAAUUUUGCAGAAAGCCAGAAUUCAAGGUGCACUGGGUUGCCUUGGCUGGGUACCCACCUUGGCACUGGUUCCUCCUGCUCUUCCUGGUGGGAACGAGGAGGUGAAAAUCUUCCGUGCCUUAAUCCUGGGGGAGCUGGAGAGGGGCCAGAGCCAAUUCCAAGCGCUCUGCUUUGUCACGCGGCUCCACCGCAACGAGAUCAUCCCCAGCGAGUCCAUGGCCAAGCUACGGCAGAAGAACCCCAGGACAGUGCGGCAGGCGGAGGAGGUGCGGGGCCUGGAGCAUCUCAGCAUGGACGUAGCUGUCAACUUCAGCAAAGGGGCCCAGCUGAGCUCUCACAUCCACAACGUCUGCGCGGAGGCCAAAGAAGCAAUUUAUACCCGUGAAGAAGAUGUCAAAUUUUGGCUGGAGAAAGGGAUGGACGGCUCCAUGUUCGAGGUCCUGCCACAGACAUCCGACCUGCCCGACCUGCAGCGCUGCAAGCUGUGCACGGACCGCUGGAAGCCGUGCAUCUGCAGCUACUCGCUGAGCAUCGAGUGGUACCCGUGCAUGCUCAAGUACUGCAAGAGUCGUGAUGCUGCAGGCAAGGUUUCUUCCUACAAAUGCGGCAUCCGCAGCUGCCAGAAGGGCUACACCUUUGAUUACUACGUGCCGCAGAAGCAGCUCUGCCUCUGGGAUGAGGAGACCUAGCAGAGCUGGGCCAGGCCUCGUUAAGGGGUGGCUUGUCUGCCCUCCUGCUUGCAAUGCUGAGGGCCUCCUGGAGCUGGCUGCUCCGAAGAAGGAAUUUGGUUUGCAGCGGUGCCUUGUGCCAGGAGAGCUCUGUGAAUGUGCCUUUCCUUUUGGCCCCCUGUGCCCCCGUCCCGAUGCUGCCUCGUGCUGUGAUAGCAGGCAGUGCUGUCCUGCACAGGUUCCUGGCCUGAAGCAGCAGGAGGGCUGUGCCUUGCCCUGCUCUGGAGCUAGCAGGUGUGAAGGGGUCAGCUGUGAGCACCACGGCUGCUUUGGGGCAGGGGGAGAAGCCAUCCCGCAGAGCUGGAUCGUCCAUCACCUCUGCCACCAAAACCCCUUUGCUGACUUUGCCACCUCCUGGUGAUGUGACAAGCGUUUCCCAACAGGAAAACAGCUGAGUUAUGGGACCACAAACCCUGAACAAGGAAGGUGUGAAGCCCACCCAAAGCCUGCCUGUAGCUUCCCUAGCGUCCAGUUGGCUGCUGUGUCCUUCCUGUGGCUAUGAGAUGCUAUGGGGGGGGAUGUAUCCCAGCAGUUAUUUCUGCCCCAAAGGGCUGGUAAUGAGGGCUCUAACUCACCCCUACUUAGACAAGCGAAGGUCCAACUUCUUGUGUUGGUUCCGUGCCUCACCCACUGAGCAAGAAACGUCCAGAAAUGUGUGACUGCCCUCCUAACAGUGCACUUACAAUGCAGGGGCAAUCCCAGAUAGGCAUUGCAGAUAGGGGCAGAUAACAUUCUGCAUCGACGCCCAGCCUCGCAUCCUACUUCACAAGGAGCUCUUAGGCAGCUGUACUGCUUUGCUGUGCCUUGCUUUGCCCUGUGUGUGAGCAGGGAUGGUGCCAGAGCCAACCCUACACCUGGAGGGCAUCGGACAUAAAGCGCUGCAGAGCGCUGUGCGUUCUUCCACUCGACUCAGAACAAGCAGGGAGGGGAUAGGGACUCUUGGGGCUGUUGGGAAGCCCUAUUCCUCCUGGUGAGAAGCCUUUACCGUGUGCCUUUUUGCCUAAGAUCCAGGAAUUUUUGACAAAAAAAAAAAAAAAAAAGAGGAAAAAAUCAGUCACAGUUAUUUUUGUAUUGAUCACUUAAAGGGGUGGGUGGGGGGGAGAGAGAAGGGAAAGGUAUUUUAAUACUGCACCAUGAAGUAAGACUCACUUGAAUGAUUAUUUUUUUUAAAAGAGGAGAAAACCGACCCCAUUAUUUAUCAUUUGUAAGGUACAAUAAACUGUUCUUGGGUUUUUUUUUAAAGCA